UGAACCUAUAUUUACUUUUUAUUUUAUGUAUCUAGGUAUCAAAUUUGAAUAAAUAACAUAAAAUAAUAAUGAAUUAUAUAUUAAUACUAUUUGCUUUUAUUUGGUUAUUUACUUUGACUAAAAUAAAUUGUAAGCCUUUACCAACUUUUCGAGAAAAAAAACAGACUAAUAACAGGAAAAUGUCCAUGAAUCAAGAAAAUAUGGUAAAUAAAUGUUAAAAUAAUAUAACUAAUAUUAUUAUUUUUAUUACUCACAAAAAAAAUAUAUUUAGAUUAAAUUUAUGCUUAAAUUUGGAUAUCUGGAUCAAAAUGCAGGCCCUCAAGCUUUAAUUGCAGGAGAUACAUUGGUUGCAGCUUUAAAAUCAGUUCAAAAGUUUGGCGGAUUAGAAGAAACAGGAGUAUUUGAUAAUGAUACAUUAAAGGUUUGUAAGUUAAAUGCCUAUACCUAUGUAAUAUUUUAUCAUUAUCAUUUAGGUAGGUAUUAUAAAAUCAUAAUUUAAAUAUGUAGGUAGGUAGGUAUAUCCACUACAAGUUAAAAUGUUUAAAUAUAAAACUAGACUUAAAUUCAUUUAAAAUACUGGAUAUUCAAGUGUUAAAGUUUAAACUUUGUUUUAUUUUAUUAGCUCAUUAAGUUUUUAAUUUUUUUUUCUAUUUAAUUUUGUCAUCGAACACAAUUAUAAAAGAUGAUUCAAAUAAAUUUUGUCAGUAACAAAGAUUAGACACACUAUCUCGGAAAGUAUUAAUUUUUUUAUGAAUUUGUUUUAUACAGCAUUUAAGAAACACACAAUUCUACAAUUUUACAUUUAUGUUAUUUUUUGUCACCUUUAUUUUUAGGGGUAAAAUCAAUAACUACCUACUAUAGAAUUUCAAAUGGCAACUUAUAUUAAUAAUUCUAUAAAUAAAAUAUAUAUAUUAUCAUAUUAUAAAGUAUUAGUUAAAAUAAAUUUUGAUGUUGAAAUGAUCUAAGUAUAAAACAAACUCCGAUAAAAGUUAAUACCUACUUUCUGAGAUAAUGAGUGUUUUACGAUAUGUUGAUCAUCCUGUACAGUGAGUACCUACAUAAACUAUUAUAUAUAUUAUAUAUAUAAUAUAUUAUUAAAUUUGUUUAGUUAAUAAAUUCAAAAAGAUGUGGUGUACCAGAUAUACCUCUAAAACUAAAUGGUAACAAAAAUAAAAGAUACGUGGUAUCUUCGAAUGUUUGGAAUAAACGAUCUCUUACUUAUUAGUAAGUACCUACUUGAAGUCAAUCACAGAUAUUAUAAGAUCGUUCUCGUGCAUUUAUUGUUUCCGUUUUACAAACACACGAAAUAAUAAAAAGAUAUUUAAACAAACUACAUAAAAUGCUUAUUUUUGUUGUUGGAGUAACAGAACCUAUAAUGAAAUUAAUUGAGAACAAUAAUACAGAAGGCAAAACGUUCCGUUUUUUUUCAAAUAUUUUUUUUUUCAUAAAGUAUUGAAUUAAAACAUUUGUUAUUUAUAAACGGUUAAUUGACUGUUAUAAUGUUAUAUCUGAUGAAAAUAGAAAAAACCUCAGUCUUGUGCUCCGGAAUAUUGUUCUCUUUUCAUUUUAUAACAGGUAGGUAUAGAUGUUUUUACUCUAAAGUCAAAACUAAGCGAGUUCUGUGCAAGUACAUAUUCAGGAUCAAUUUUCAGAGGGGAGGUAAAAAUGUUUUUAAUACAUGAACUUUUAGUUAGUCUUUGUUAUAUUUAUAAAUAUAUACCUACUUUAAAUUUUUCGGGGUGGGGGGUGAACCUUUACUCCCCCCCGGUACGGUCUUGAUUCUGUUUGCGCAAGCAAUAAACAUGUUUUAACUAGAUCGUGCGUUUAUAUGACGGACACAACCAAUGCAUGUGCAGCGUCCUCUUAAGUUUAACAUAUUAUAAUACCUAUAAUAGUAUUAUAACUUACCUAUGUCUAGUGCCAAAAUACUAAAUACCUACCUAGUAAAUUUUGCUCCGAUUUUCAAGUGUAGCAUUAUUUCAGAAAGGAAAUCUGAUUAGAGUGGUACUUUAGCUAAGAAAGGUCAUUUUUUAAAUUUUCCAGCUAUUUUCAUAAUAAAUGGGAAAAACGGGAAAAUUUUUCAGAAGUCGGAAUAAAUUUAUCUGGCUUAAUUUUAGAGUUACAAACGUUUAAACGCUGUUUCGCUGCGCUCAUUCCGAUGAUUUUAAUCGAAAAUAACCCUCGAUUUGUUGUGCAAAUCACGUCGGGUAGGAAACAAGGAAAAGUGAAAAGCAUUAUAGGUGGAUUUACAAACCCCAUGUGGUCACAUUCUAGGGUUAUUUUCGAUUAAAAUUGUCCGAAAAAAAUACCAAAAAAAUCGGGUGGGAGCUAAACUAGAAUUAUUUCAAAAAUAUAUAUAGAAACUUGAAUUUUGAACAGAAAAUGUAUAUUUGCCUUAUCUAGACGUGGUAAAAUUUUUAAAACGUAGCCAUUUUUGAGUUUUUAUAGACAUUUUAAUUUUAUUGGGUUUUUUCACUUAAUUUUUGUUCGGUAGGUAGGUACUCUGUGGAUAAAAUUGUUAGACCAAACAGAAAUGCUAAACUAUUUAACUGGAGGUUCAUCGUAAGUCUUACUUUAUGAUAAAAAAAAAAAAAUUGUGUAAUGUAGAAUUUUUGUAUAAGAAUUUGAAUAUCAAAGUUUGAUGAAAAUCGUUUUAGUAAAAAUAUUAUUAAAGAAAAUAUAUAAUGCAUAUGUAAUUCUUUUAUCAUAAUAUGACAUGAAUAUUGUUGAUAAAGUAACUCUAUUAACCAAACCCCGCUCAGAAUCGUUUUUCGUUAGCAAUGGUUAAUCGUUGCGUACAAAUAUGGAAUAAAUUUCCCCUUUAUCUACUUUUCCAACUUCUCACCAGCUACAACAGUGGCCCACCCAUCCCAAGAAGCAUGUCCGUCUUUUUAUAAUACGAAAAUAUAUUUAUAUUUAAUUUAGUAUAUUCAAUUUCACUCCGAAAUUACCACAUGAAAGUAUAAGGAAUGAAAUUCAAAAAGCACUUUCAAAAUGGAGUCGUUUUAGUCAACUGAAAUUUUUAGAAGUAAAUAAUGAAAAUUUUGCAGAUAUUGUAAUUUCAUUUGGUGUUGCAGAUCACGGGGACCAGUAAGUUCAGUAUACAAUAUGUUAGUAGGUAAUAGUUUUAUUUUUAUAUAAUACUUAAAAGCAAAUAAAAUAUACCUAGUACUACAUAUUAUAAAUGAUACAAUAAAUAACAGUUCUGUAUAAAUAAAAAAUAUAAUAAAACCCAAAAUAACACUAAAUUGGGUAUUGGAAAUAAUACAAUUAAUAUUGCUCGCUCUUUUUAGAAUUUUAAAAUAUUUUAAUUAUUUUUUAGAUUUCCGUUUGAUGGUCCAGGUAAUACCCUUGCUCAUGCAUUUUAUCCUGGAGAAUUAGGACCUUUAGGUGGUGAUAUACAUUUUGAUGACAGUGAAGAUUGGACAUUAGAUAACUCCACCAACAAUGGUAGAUAUUUAUAUUUGGUUAUGUAUUCUAAUAAUAAAAAAAUAAUGUAAAAUAUUUAAAAAAAUAUAUAUAUAUUUUUCUUUAUUAAAGGGGUUGAUUUCUAUUCUGUGGUUCUUCAUGAAAUGGGCCAUAGUCUAGGGCUAAGACAUUCAACUGCACCUGAUUCUAUAAUGAAUCCUUAUUAUAAAGGUCCACAACUUCAAGAUAUUGGAUAUGACGAUAUAUCAGGAAUGCGUUCAGUAUAUAGUAAGUUUUUUUUUAUGCUGAUGGGUGUGCCACUAUUGUAGGUGAGAAGUUGGGAAGGAAGUUAUUUAAUUUAUAUCUGUACACAACGGCGAUAAAUCAUUAUUGACGAAAAAUGAUUCUGAGUGAAGUUCGGUAGUAUUUCACAUUUUGAAAUGACGCUUUUAGUAAAAAUUUGAUCUUUAAAUACUUAUAAAAAAACUACCACAUUGCACCCAAUAUUUUUUGUACCAUUAAGUACAAUUUAUAAUGAACCUCGUUCUAUUUUAUCAAUCAAUUUUAUCCACAUAAUACCAAAAAAUAAAAUCUAAAACAAAUUUGAAAAUGUCAAGUGUCUAUUAGUAAAUAGUUCAAAAAUCAACGGAAUCUUUUGAAAAUUUUAGCAUUUUUAAAAAUGUCCAAUAUAAGUAUUUUGUGGAACUUUCAGUUUUUACGAAUAUUUUUAACCAAGUUGUAUUUACAAUAAAAAACAAAAUUUUGAAAUAAUGAAAACGUUAUUUACAUUAACUUUUCUGUUUUUUUCAUCAUUUCCCUGUAUUUCUGAGUUAUAAAGAAAAUUACACGAAAAAAUAAAAAAACCCCUUGCAUACCUAUGCACUACGUACCUACUUAUGUCUAAUUGGUGCAAUGUUGUGAAAUUUUUUCUCAGAAAACUCUUGAAUUUUGAGUUUUCAAAAUUUAUAUAAGUUAGGACUCAAAUACAUGCAUAAAAUUAUUACAUAAUAAUUAACAUUUGUGAGCAUAGGCAUUGGUAAAAAUCAAAUUUAUUUAUACUAUACAAAACAAAAUAUAAUAAUAUAAAUAAAGGUAUAUCAAUUUAAUAAAAACUAGAUUAAUAGAGAUAUGGGUUUUAAAAAAAUUAUAUGUAGUUGAACAGAAAGGAUCAAUUAUAAAUAUAUAAUUUACAAAGUUCAUAAUUCUAGAUAAUCGAGUGUUAGUAGCAUAAUUAGUGGGUAGGUAUUUAGUAGGUUUUAGUUGAUAUUAUAAAUAGAUAGUAGGUAUUUAAGUAGGUUAACAAUUUUUUUUAUGAAUGUGAUAGGUAUGAUACUUAUUAAUUAAUAUAUAUGCAGAGAAAUUGUAUUAUAAGAGUGAAAUAAUAAUAAUAUUAAUAAUUACCCAAUACCUAUAAGAGCAUAGAUUAUGAAUAUGAUUGCAUAUUAAUAUAUUUUAUUCUUCAUUUCAGUCAUAUGGUCAAUGGUCAUACGAGUAACAACUAAUAAGAAUUAAUUACUUAGUGUACAAAUAAGUACCUAAGUAAUGUGUUCAGUGUGUAAUAAAGUGCCCUAUUCUCAUAGCUAUUUUUCUAACAAUAUUCUCUCAUGUACAUAAUACAUAGAUAAUAACACAACAUUGUGUUACUGGUAAAACUAAAAUAUUAAUAGUAGCCAGUAGGUACUAAGUAGGUAUACAUUUCACUUUGAAGACUGUGUUGAUCUAACUUUAUUCAAAUAUAUUUUACAUCAAUCUAUAAGUAUUUCAUAUUUUGUGAAUGAUAAUCAGAUUUGACAUAUUUAAUCAAUAAUCUUUAAUACCUACCUAUAUUUAAAUGUUUGACUGAGGAUUAUUGAUCCAAUUCAAGUUCGGGCAUUUUAAAUUAUAAUUUUAUAAUUGCCAAUGUCUUUCAAAUCUAAUUAUAACUUCAUGAAUUAAAUAUUCAUUUAAUAUUAAAAUAUAGGUUUAGGAUUGGAAUUUUCAUAUAGGUACCAUAUACUUACCUAGGCUGCAUAUUAUAAGUUAUACAAUUAAUGUAUUAAUGUGUUUUAAAUUUUGUAAUACCUAAUAAAUAAUAUCCUACACAUUUCAGUUGCUAGAUCAUUGCCUGAAGAUUAUGUAUCUUUCACACCACCAAUUCAACUACCACCUAUUACACCAGGGAAAUCACAUCCACAUGUACAUUGGUCAUCGUUCAGCCAUGAAACAUGUACAGAUUAUGAUACUGUAACACCAGAGCCUUUUACUACUUUUAAACCUGAAAUUGCAACUCCUAAAAAAAAUGAUAAUACAGAUGAAUGUAAAGGAAACUUUGAUGCUGUUUCGUGUUUCCGUGGAGAAAUUUUUGUGUUCAAAAAAAAUGUAAGUUUAUAUACCUACACUUACCUAUAAAAAUUUCAAAUUACUUUAUUUAGAACAAAUAUUAUGGGUAGUUUGGUACAUUUAUAUUUAACAGUUUUAACAUCUACACAGUACACAGUACUUCUACACGAUACUGUACGUAUGUAUACUCUAAUAUGCUGAUUUGCUGAGUUAAGUACGUAUUUUUGGUAAAACAGCCGUAACAGAAGCUAUAGAUACUUGUCCAAUCAUGAUGAAACUAAGAACAGACUUACACGCAUUUUAUAAUUUUAAUAUUCACUAGCUAAAUAUUUCAAUACUCAUACAAAUUUUUAAUCAUUACCCAUCGAACAUUUUUCUAUAUCUACAAAUGUAGCAACCAAACAAUGUGCCUUAAGUUUAGCGUUUAAUUGCGCCCUAUGUUCUUUAAUUUAUAAUGCAAACUCAAGGCUGAACGAUUUUUACAAACUACAGUCAAAUAAGUGUUCCAGUUAUCUCAUAGUUCACUAUUCAAUUUCAUGCAUUCUAAAUUUGUUGUUUAUUAAUUAAUUAAAUUUAUUUAUUAAUAUUUAUAGGUUUUAGGGUAUUUUUGCACUUCCACAUUGCACUCUGGACGUAGGCACCGCUCCUCUUCCUAUAGCCCUGUUAAUACUAAAUAUUCAGACAACAGAUUUUUGUUAAUUCACACCAGAUAUUUGCAAAAACAGUGGUGAUCCCUUAUGUUUGAAACAAGGCACAUGUAUUAGGUACCUACUCUAUUUUAUGUUUGAAAACUAAGCAAAUUUUAUCUUCAAUCAAUUUUUCAAUAGUCAAUCAAAUGUUUUGGUGAUUCGCUUUUAUCAAAUAUUUGCUAAUUUUCAUUCAUGAUCACAAUUAUUGUACUAGAUAAUUAUUAUAUUCUAUUAUACAGGUAGGUACACUUUUAAUUAUACUAAUAUCUAUGCAGUUUAAUUUGUAUAAAUUCCUUUUUGAAGGAUUUUUAACAGUUAGAAAAAAAAUUAUAUUAAUAAAUAAUAACUAAAGUAUCAUUUUGAUUUAUUCAUCAAAUUUUAAGCUUUUAUGGAGAUUGAAUAAACCAGGAUCAAUACUCCAACGUUACCCAGUUCAACUAUUAAAGUUCUUUCAAGUACUAGCUAAUAAUGAUCAUAAUAUUGUCAAAAUUGAUGCAGCGUAUGAAAGACCAGAUUCUAACAUUGUUAUGUUUAGCGGUAAAGAUCAUAUAAUAUAAUUCAAAAUUAAAAAAAUCUGAGAAACAAUAGUCAAUAUUUUUUUUUCUUUAUGGCAACAAAAUUUUAUGUAUGUAUUGUUAAUUCUUUUAAAAUUGAAAUAGUAGAACUUUCAAGGUUAAGCAGGUUUUUAAAAUCAUAUAUGUAGCAUUUUGUAAAACCAUUUAUUACCUACCUAUAUAAGAAAUAUGUAUUAUGAAAUUAUAACUAUUAUAAAUCAUGAACUAUUUAGAUAUCAGAAUACUACAUGUAAUGGAUCUAAAUUUGUAUACCGGAUGUAUAUUUUUAAUGAGUAGAAAACAGAGGUAUCAAUUAAAUGUUAUACAUACACAUUAUAUAUAUAGAUGCUAUUCUAUAAAACUAAAUUCAUACAUAAUUGCAAAAUAUUGACUUGUGACUCACUAAAAAUAUAUUUCCAAGGUCUGAAAUAUGUAUCUUCCUUUUUUUUUUUAAUUAUAGGUAAAAAUUAUUAUGUUUUUAAUGGAAACCAUUUAAUAGAAAAUAGUCCAAAAUCUAUUAUGGACUAUGGAUUUCCACCUUUUUUGGUUAGAGUUGAUGCAGUUAUGGUUUUUGGAGGACCACCAUUAACAUAUUUGUUUAGGUAUGUUACCAAGGAGAAAUAAAUUAGGAACUUAAUUAAGAAGCUAUCACAGUAGAAUUUGUUAAUUAUGUAUAGGUAGGUACUAUUAAUCAAUAAGACUUGUGCUAUGAUUUGGUGCUAAGGCUUGCCUAUUUUUAAAAACUAAAAAUAACAAAUUUAAAUUUUUUAAAACAUUGUUUUUACAAAAUCCCUGAUAGACAUUUUAUAAACAUAAUUUGAAACACAAUUUUGGUACUAUAAAUAUUAACUAAAUGAUGAAUCGUUAAGUAUCUAACAUUUUUUGAAGUUUAUAAAAAGAAAAACUGGCGAAUCUAUUAAUAUUAUUAUAAUUAAUAAUUAAAUGUUUACAUAGAAAAAACUAAGUAGGUACCUAAUAAUAGUAAUAUAGACAACAAAUUCUACUGUAUAGUUUGACAUAUAUUAUGAUAUUUCAAAAAUAUUUUGUAACAUUGUUUUAAUAAACAUAUUGUAUUUGACAAAUGCCUUUAUUAUAUUUGUAAGUGGAGAAUAUUUUUGGAUUUAUGAUGAUCAAAAAAAAAUAUUGCUACAGAACCAUAGAUUAAUAAAAGAACACUUUAAAGGAAUAAAAACGCCAAUAGAUGCUGUCCUCACAUGGAAAUCUGGUAAAUUUAUAUAAAUUAUUUUUGUUUUAUGUUUCUAUACAUAAGUUUAAAACAUUGUAUAUCCCUGUUGUGUCCGGAUGUUGUUUUUGUUUACUAGGAGUUAUAUACUAUUUGUAAGAUUAUUAUUAUUAAUUUAAAUAUUGAAUAUAAAUUAAUACUAGCCGAUAUUAUAAAUAGGGUACUAAAAUGUAAGUAGUAUUAACCUACUUAAAAAUUUUAAAAAUGUCCUGUCAACUAUUUAACAAUUGUUUAACAAUGGUUUACAAAUUGAGAUAUCUACCUCAUAUAUUUAUUAAUUUCAGACAAAUAAGCAUAACAUACUAGAUUAUUUGAUUUUUUUUAAAAUUGUAUAUGGAAUUAUAGUUUGUUGUUUAAAAUAUUAGAUUCAUUAUUUAGAAACUAAGCAAUUUGAAUGCUCGCCAAGUGGGUUUCCAUAAAAAUGUUCGAUACCUAAUUGGAUAAAAAGCCAGAAGAAUAUGGAGUGAGACAUUUUUUAGCAAAAAUGAGUUCCUUAAGCUCAGGAGUCAACCUUGGUGGAAAAACAGAAGGAUGAUAAGUAAUACGAGAUACAAAAGAAAGAAUAGAUGAGUGAAUAAUAUUCUGAUUGAACUUUAUUUUAGCAGACUGUAAUGAAUAAAAUUGUACACGUUUUGAAUGUUUUUUAGUUUUUACAUAUGAUAUCGACUACCUGAUAAAAAUAUGUCUACCAAAACACUGUUGGUUAAAAUAUUUGUCACUUAUAAAUUAUAAUAUAUUAGCUGAAAAUAUUAUAACUUAUAACUUAUAAUAUUUUCAGCUAAUAUAUUAUCCCUCCAGAUUUCAAUGCAUUUCAUUACCAUUGAUUAGGUAUAUAUUUAUACAUUUUUUUUAUAGGUUCAUAUACAUUAUUAUUUCCAUAGACAUAGUAUAUUAUAUUGGUACAAUAAAAAAUAUGUAAGUUUUAAAAGGGAAUAUUUAGACGAAUCAAUUUAGUUAAUAAAUCAUGUUUUAUAUCAUACAGUUUAAGCAAAAAUAAAUUCAUGAUUCAUGAAUUAAGUUGAAUAGAAUAAGAUUAAUUUCUAUUAUAGUUCAAUUUAUUGUCCUAACAAUUAUUUAUCAAUCUUGAUAACUAUUAAAUUGAUCGACUUUUCAAAUUAACCUUUAUAUAUAUUUUAUUGUAUAUAUUUAACGAUUUUUUUUUCUAGGAGAUACAUAUUUCUUUAGUGAAAAUCAGUAUUGGAAGUUUAAUCAUAAUCUUAAUAAAACUGAACCUGGAUAUCCAAAAAAUGCGGCAGAAUUUUUACUUGGCUGUACUUCAUAGUAUCAGCAUAAUAAUAUUUGUUCUUGGU